CUACGCAAACACUUAUAGGCCUCCACGCACUCUCUCUCUACAACCAACUCUCAAUAACAACCAACAGAACGUUCUCUGUGCUUCACUCUCUCUCUCUCAUGGAGGAAAAUGAAGCUUCCCAGUACUCGCCGAUGACGGAGUUGCAUUUCGACGGCGGCAACUUCCCGGUUACUCGAGCAUACAACUACGAGGCAAUAAAGAGAAAACCCACGAAAACCCAUGAAAAUGAAAAUGAUGUGGUCUGAAAGAAACCCUGUGGCAGGAAAAAGGGGUAUUCGCAGCCAGUCUGUGAUUAAUCUCGACCUUUUAAUCACCAACGGUGAUAUGUUCAGAAAUCUUGGCAUAAUCCUACCCUGCAAAGUACGUGGAGAAGAUGGGAAGAGUAAGGGCUUUGGUUUUAUCGAGUUGGAUUCAGAGAAGUCUGAUAAUACAGUGUUCAUAUGGAAGAAAAUAUAUGUGUCAAAACUUGCUAUCACAAGGAUAGAAGCCCGUGAAGAACCAAGCUUCACAAAUCUGUAAUAGGCUGAAGAUAUGACUAAGGAUCUCCUUCCAGAAUCAAGAGCUUUCGGGUUCGUAAACUUUGGCUUACCAGCAGAGGCUUUGGAUGCUGUUGAGGUGUUGAAUAGUUCACUGGAAGGAACAGCAAGAGCUCAAAAGAAAGAUGAGAGGAUGGAGCUAUUAAAGCACUAGGAGAUUUUCAACUGCCACACUGAAAAGUUUUAGGCUUCAAAUCUAUAUGUUCACAACUUGGAUAUAUCAGCAGAUGAAAGCAAACUGCAAAAACAUUUCGGUGCCUGUGGAAAAUUAAUCUCAGUUAAAGUGAUGCGACAUGCCAAUGGGAUCAGUAAGAGAUUUGGUUUUGUUUGUUUCUCCACUCCUGAAGAAGCAAAAAAGGCCUUACAUACAUUUAAUGGAUCUGUUUUAGAAGGAAGGUCUCUAUAUGUUGCCUUUGCUCUGAACAAAGAAGAUUGCAAAAUGGAUCAGAGUGAUUUGAAUCAUACUGUUUUCCGUCCUACCAGUCCUGUCUACAACAGCUUCAUUCCUGACUCUUCAUUUUACUCUCUUCCAAACUCGCCUUUGAUGAAUGUUGGUUUGGAGUUUCCUUUUGUCCAGAAUUACCAGCAUCACCUCUCCACAAGUGGUCAAUUAAUGAGACAAAUACGGCAGAAUAAUACAGGGAAUCAAAGUUUCCAACAGAAUGCUGGUGACCCGUUUAUUGCUUUAUAUACUGGUACAAGACAAAGUAGAAUUGCUUUCUCAGACCUUGGAACAGAGGAGCUUCCUUCUUAUGAUAACCUAUCCAAGAUCCUUGCCUCCUUUGCUUCAAGGGGAAUUAAUGCAAGAGAAACCGUCAGUCUCUUUGAUUUCGGUGAAAGCAAACUGCAAAAACAUUUCGGAGCCCGUGGAAAAUUAAUCUCUGUUAGAGUGAUGUGUCAUGCCAAUGGGAUCAGUAGGAGAUUUGGUUUUGUUUGUUUUUCCACUCUUGAGGAAGCAAAAAAGAAGGAACGUCUCUGUAUGUGGCCUUUGAUCAGAGGAAAGAAGAUUGCAACAUGAACCAGAGAGAUAAAUACAGCUUCACUCCUUACUUUUCAUUUUACUCACUUCCAAACUCGCCAUUGAUAGAUGUUGGAAUGGAGUGUCCUCUUGUUCAGAAUUACCAGCAUCAUCUCUCCACAAUUGUACAGAAAUAGCUUUCUUUGGUAAACAUUUUUGUUUUCUUCUUUCCGUUUCCAGCAAGCUAUUCUUACAUGAUUUAUGAAAUCACAGGAUAUACCAAUGAGAGAAACAAAGCAGAGUAAUACAGGGAAUCAGAGUUUCCAACAGAAUGCAUGUGCAAUUUUCCUCUCGUAUGUGAAAAGAUGGUCUCAUUGACAGUUAUAAUACCUUUUAUUUAAUUUUAAUAGCAUAACAUGUAUAUGAAAUAAAACAUAUGAUACUUUUUUAUUUCAAAAAUAUCAUCUUUCCACAAGUUUUAGAAAACAGGUUUGCCACUUGUUCCUCUUUCUGUGUAUUUUGGUAAUUAUUCCUCUUUUUGUGUUGUUAGCGUUUUAUAUGAAGACUUUAUAGAAUAAAUACGUUCCUUUUGACAGA